AUGGGCCAAGCGGCCUCGCUCUCGACUGGUCAGAGUGCGUCGGCCUCCUCAUCGGCCUCUCCCUCUGAUACUCCCCAGCAGCUCCGCCAGCACAACCAGCAGGACCCGCUCUUCUACGCGCCCGAUCAGUCAGACAGCGACCAGGAGCCCGACCAUCUCCAGCUUUUCCAGCACGAGCCCCGUCUCCCGCCCCGCGUCCACCACUCGUCCAUCCACCACCACAACCACAACCUCCAUCUCAACCGGACCCAGUCCCCCCGUCGCUCCCGGCGCAUCUCCCGCCAUCUCUCAAGCCUCGGCCUGCUCCAGUCCUCGCACUCAACCGCGACGUCCUCUUCUACAGCCGCAUACUCCUCCUUCGAGCCCUAUGCGCGUCCCCCGCCCUCCCAGCAGCAGCAGCAGCAGCAGCAGCAACCCCAGCAGCAGCGCCAACCGCACGCGACAAGCUCCGCGGUAGACGCUCUCGGCAGCACGCGCUACCUGCGUCGUCGCAGCACGCGCGAUCUCUCAUCCACGACCACCGCGUCCUCUGCAGUCUCGUCGGCCGCAUCCGAGCACGACACCACCCCUGCCGCUGCUGCUGCGCAACCCGCAUCGUCUUCGUCGCCGUCAUCGUUGGGAUACCUGCGCAUGCGUGACACCUUCCGCCGGCUCUCACGAAUGCGAAGCUCUUUCUCCGGUGGCUCCGCCGCGUCCUCGUUCACCGACCGAUCCAGCCAGACCCGAGACGAUCCCUCGCAUGCUCAGACCACCAUCACCCACACCGACGACGACGACGAAGACGACUCGACAUCCUCGCUUCUCCCUGAACCAGCCUACCUCCGUCGCCGCCCGCGUCCUUCGACCGCAACCACGACCGCGACCGUCUCUGGCUCGGGAUUCUCUCCCCUGUCAGUCUUUCCCUCGUCGUCCUCCUCCGCCUCCGCGCGCGGCGCGCCGCCCCCUCGGCCGCCGAUCCCAAGCUUGCCUCCGAGAAGAAUACUCCGGUCAAACGCAGAUUCCCACUCCAACUGGAUGAACAGCGACACCGACGCCACGCGCAGCACCGGCACAAGCACCAGCACGAGCACAAAUACCACCGCCGGCGGCGCUGCGUCCGCGGACGACGAUCAGGCGGCUAUGCUCUCGCGCCUGCUCUCCAUCGCCGCCGCAGCCACCGCAGCCAGUCUUAUCGGCGGCAGCGGGACCGGGUCGCGAAGCCGGCGCUCGCGGCGGUCUGCGCGCAGCGGACUGGGUUCGUUGUUUGAUCACGACGACGCGGAGGACGCGCGUAGUUUGAGCGGCGAAGACGACGACGAGGACGAGGACGAGGACGACGAUGAAUUUGACGAGGAACAGUACGGGGAUUACGAGGAUUACGAGGAGGACCUAGAUGGUCCGUCCAGCUCCAGACGCAGCAGACGAAGCAGCAACACCAACAAUCGCAACACGUCCACCACAACCAACGACGACGGCAUCGAUCUCUCCAGCGGCAUCAGACUAGGCGACGCGACCUCCGGCGCGGGCGGCACCGUCGACGGCACUUUUGACGGCUUCCUUCGUGCGCUGCAGAACGGUCGUCUGGCGGCUGAACUGCGCAACGAAGCAAACCGCAGCAGUAACAACAACAACAACAGCAGCAGC